AUGUCGCCGGCCCCAAAGGAGGGGCAUCUUCUUCGAGGGCGUCAGCAGCCAUCAAUAACAGUCGGCAGCCGAUCACAGAUCCCAGAGCCGAAAUUAGAGCCGCAUUCGAACCCAGAAGCAAGGCCAUUACCAGGCCCAGAGUCAGUACCAGCGGUAGAAUCAGAAUCAGAAUCAGAAUCGCAGCCACACUCACAGCCAGAGCCAAAGCCUGUGCGAAAGCCAGAGCGAAAGCCAGAGCCUGUAUCCCCGGGGCAAACGAUACCUCGUUAUUUCGGCUCGUUUGAUUCUAGCAAUGCGGCAUCUGAGGUUGCCUUUGGCGCGCAUGUCUCGCGGCAAGGCUCUACCAACUCGCGAACGUCUCUGGUCAGAUCCAACAGAGAGUCGGAGAUGGAUGUAUUCAAGUCGGAGGUCAGGCUUCUUUACCUACGCCAGGUGCAGUUGGAAAAGCGGUGGGCAGACGACGUGGCACCAGAAGGAGUCUUAUUGAAGUCAAGUCGGGGGAAUUACAUCUGCCAGCCUCGCGACCUACCGACACGUAGCGGAGGCUUCUACCAGGAAAUGAGAAAGCUAAAUGUCAAGGUAGCCAUGACAGUCCGGACACCUAUGAUACAAAUGUUCCUGGACACAUGCAAGCUGAAGUAUAUGCCCUAUAUUCACGGGCAAAAAAUCGGCAUCAUCGACACCAUCAACGGCCUCGCGCCGGUCCAUCGGCAUCAUUACGCUGUAUUUGUCCGUGACCCGGGCAUGCUUGUCGUCUGGGACGAGGAACCUACAGAGAUCGUGAAUCGGGCUACGGGCUUGGAGAAGUACCUUGUCGACAUGUCCUGGGCCCGGCACUUGGAGGAUGAGAGUGGAUUACAAUUCGAUGUCCUAAACACAGCCAUCGGUGAGGCUCCCAACUCUCAAGAAGCAACCCCACAAGUGACAAAUACCACGAUUGCGGACGAAAGAGGACAGUCCGGGGAUGACCCCCGGCCGACUAUGCUGUGGCAACCUCUGGUGGUCGGCUGCACCGGGAUAUUGACUAUCUACUGUCUCUCGACUGGGUGGAGGGCGAUUGCGGUCGAGAUCAAAUAUGAUCACAGCUGGACUCGACUAGCACUCGUGAUUGUCACUCCCCUGCAAUUGUGGCUCGGUUGGUUCUUUUUCAUGACCGUCGUUAGCAUCGUCGCUCAGAUGUUCGGUCCCGUUCGUCAAGUAGCCCACAACUCCAAGUUCUACUCUGCAGUGCCCUCCAAGCGUCUCAAGGACAACUUCCCUCAUGUGACAAUACAAUGCCCUGUCUAUAAAGAGGGUCUCGAAGCCGUCAUCAAACCUACAAUGGCCUCGGUACGAAAGGCUAUCUCUACGUAUGAGCUCCAGGGCGGCACAGCCAAUAUCUUCAUCAACGACGACGGCAUGCAACUGAUCUCUGACGAGGAUGCCCGAAAGCGAGUCGAGUUCUACGAGGACAACAAUAUCGGCUGGGUCGCACGGCCCAAACAUGCUCCAAAGGGAGAUGCCAAUGGGCAGAAUGUUUUUAUUCGCGCAGGCAAGUUCAAAAAGGCCUCGAACAUGAACUAUUGUCUCAAUGUCAGCACCCGUCUGGAAGAUAAGUUGGUCGAGGUGGAGCGGCGGCCUAGUUGGAAUCAGGCGGAUGAGGAAAGACUAUAUGCAUCCUGCUUCAAGCAGGUUAUCCUGGAAGAUCAAGGUCGAACCUGGGGUGCGGGCAACAUCCGCAUAGGCGAUUACAUCCUACUUAUCGACUCUGACACUCGUGUUCCCGAGGACUGCUUACUCGACGCCGUCUCGGAAAUGGCUACUCCGGAGGUGGCCAUCAUCCAAUUCUCCUCGGGUGUUUUGAACGUCACCACGAGCUUCUUCGAACGCGCCAUUACCUUCUUCACCAAUCUCGUCUAUACAUCUAUUCGCUUCGCUGUCGCUUCUGGCGACGUCGCUCCAUUUGUCGGUCAUAACGCCCUGCUCCGGUGGACUGCAGUCCAAGACAUCCGAUAUACAGACAAAGAUGGAGUCGAGAAGUACUGGGCCGAGAAUACUGUUUCGGAAGACUUCGAUAUGGCACUAAGGUUACAAUCGCUCGGCUAUAUCAUCCGAUAUAGCACCUACUGCGGUGAUGAAUUCAAAGAAGGCGUUUCUCUUACCGUCUAUGACGAGCUGGAGAGAUGGGAGAAGUAUGCUUACGGCUGCGCCGAGUUACUCUUCCACCCUUUCUAUAAAUGGCCGGUCAGGGGGCCAUUUACACCCCUGUUUCGGAGAUUUAUUACCAGUCGCAUUAACUGGACUGGGAAACUCACGAUCAUGUCGUACGUCGGGACAUAUUUCGCAAUCGGGUCGGCCUGGAUCGUUACUCUUCUCAACUACUUUCUAAUCGGCUGGUUCAAUGGCCACCUCGACAAGGACUACGAAGAGAGUUUCAAUCUUUACUUUGGCCUGGUGGUCGUCUUCCAGGGUGCCGCCACCGUCUCUUUAGCCGUACUGCGAUACCGGACAGAAGAUCGCUCGCUACUCAGCUCCCUCGCCGAAGGUAUGACCUGGAUGCUGGUCCUAACUAUGUUCAUUGGUGGCCUCUCGCUCCACCUGUCCGGGGCUCUGAUCCGCUAUCUAUUAGGUAUCGACAUGUCAUGGGGCGCCACGGCCAAGGAGGCCACCGACACGUCCUUCUUCCGCGAGAUUCCUGUCAUCAUCAAAAAGUUUAAGUACACUUUCAUCUACUGUAUCCUCUCUAUCGCCAUGAUCCUCACGCUUGCCGGCAUCGGGCCUCUCGGUGCACUGGUUCCUCACGAUUGGAGGAUCAACAGCUUCAUCGCGCUCUACCCCCAGCUGAUCCUGGUCGCUAUGCACUUUCUAUGCCCCUUGAUAUUGAAUCCUGGGUUGAUGCAUUUUACCUUCUAG